UUGUCUCCACUAGCUGGGGAAACAGUGCUAAGAACGCUGGCAUCUGAUCUGAGAGGCGCGAGGGUUCCAUACUCGUGUGGCGCAGCAAACUUUUCCUCGUCAACCAGCUGCUGGGAAUGGGGACAUGGCUUCAUACAGAGUUGGGGAAGGCAGGACAGUGAGAGAGGAAUUUGUCAUAGCGUACAUUGUAGUCCGAUUGUGUUGUGUCCACUCGAUUCGUCAUGCCAUCCUCACCAUCAGCUCUUAUCAAUUAAGAAAAGGUAGUUUAAUACCUUUAAUUUUUUUAGAGGCUUCAAUAAACACAUGGGUAAAGUGAGAAUUCGGAAGACAAAAAGAGAAGAAAAACCGAGGACACAAACAAUUAUUGAUUAGCAUUGAGGAUAGUCUUACACAAUGGCAACAGAUAGGUUAGUUAGGAUAUGGGCUGUGUUCCCGUAAGUAACAAAACGAGCUGCCAACACCUAACUGACAAUAGAGCUUACAGAAACUGUUUUGUCAUUUUACUGACACUAUGGCGCUGAUAACAUGCUACUGAUUCUAUGCCACUGACAUUGUGUCACUGAUACUAUGCCACUGUCACUACACUACCCUAUGACCCCAUACACAUGACAUUUUACUGGUUUCUCACCAAGAGUGGAGAUCACGUGGUGCAGACGCUGCCUCCUUCAAACUUGGUCCUGUACAGGGGAGACCACUGUCAACAAUGUCUGGUCAUCCGUCGUCUGCUCAGGGACAGCGACCUAAAAGACGAGGUGGUAGACAGAGUUGUAGAGGCGGUGGCCGGGUCAAAGUUUACCUACACGCUGUGACUGAUGAACAGGCGGCACUACUUACAGGUACAGUGAACACACGCCCCCUGGAAGAGAUAAAGACAAAUACAGGCGCUGAUGUAGAGUUUGACCCGAACCCCUCACCUGUACCAGGUAUGAAGAUUCUCAUCAUCCGCGGUAUUCCUACUCAGAUCGAGGCGGCAGUCAGGCUCAUCAACCAGACCAUUGGUUUAAAGGAACCAUUACCAGACCAGGUCCAGACAUUCUGGCUACAGUGGGUUGAGGCCGCGUUCCCUCAUCUCGACUCUCGCGCCUACUUCCUGCCUCCUGUCUACGUCAACCGCGUGCCCAUGACUAGACAGUCAGCUGCUGGUCAGCAGGUUCUGGUUCUUACAUCAGCACCUGGACAGGCUGGUCAGUCUAACCCAGUGCCGACGAGUUCAUCUUCUUCAUCAUCUUCGUCCAUUCCUCAGCCUCCUCGCCUUCAGGACAGUGACGUCAGAGACGAUGCUGCCAUGCAACGGAUUUUUGUCUGUCUUCAGAAAAUGUGUGAAAAGAACAGAGAUGUCAUGGUUGGAAUGACUCAGCUUCAGUUCGGACAGUACCUGGGUGAACCUUGUUACGCUGCCGCCGCUACCCACCUACCCCGACCCUCCAACCUUCCUCCUUCUCUACCACGUGACUGGAAACAGGGAGACUUUGAUGUGCUUCUGAUUCAUCGACAGUACGGACUGGUAGUCUGUGAGGUGAAGGCACUGGGUGACAAUAUUCAAUCUGUAAACAUGUCACAGCAGGACAUAGACAAUAACAUUAGACAGAAGAUGAGUAACGCCGUGUCACAGCUGGACAAGGCGGAGGCCAUGUUGUCUCACCUGGUGUCCGACAUCGCUCCCGGUCUGCCCGUCACUAAGGUCAUCGCCUUCCCCAACCUCACGACUCGUCAACUACAACAGGCCAUCUCCGUUGACAUCCACCUCAUUCAGGAUCUGUGUCGGUGUCUGGGAGCAAGUGAUCCCGCCGACAUCCAAGGUCUGUGUCUGUGCUGUGAUCAGUUGUCUGACCCAAAGACCCCGUGUGACGUCAGUAGUCACGUGCUGAGGGAACUCGGACACUGGUGGCAGCGACGUGUGGCUGGGGCUGGACCUGUCAGUCACAUGACACCUGAGUUGUACAAGACACUGGUAGCCAGGUAAAUAUUACAAUAAUGUGUAGUCACAACACUGUCACAGUCUAAGCCUGUCGUGUACGAUGUUAGAUGUGACAUCAGUGCUCACGUCACUGUUGUCGUCAGAGAAAUCGUCAACUGACUAAAUUUCAAAAGUAAGAUUUUUAUCUUGAACAAGUUUGGGUAACUGUUACCAGAUGUUACAGGGAAAAU